CAAUAAUAGAAGGACCUUCUGAAGAGCCGAUGAAAAAAAAACAAAAAUACAAUAAAGAAAAAAAAUCUAAUACAAGAAAAAGCUUGACCGGUAUUCAGAAAGCCGAAAUAUGCAACCUAAAGCAAAAAGGAGUUAGUCAAGUUAAACUAGCCAAACAGUUUGCAAAUACUGCGCUGCAAACAAUUUCGGGUACAAUAGUCAAACGUAAAGCAACACAACUUGCGGAAGGGCUUGAAGUGACAGAUUUCAACGCAUCUGAUGGGUGGCUUUCAAAUUUCAAAAAAAGGCACCAUAUAAAAGAAUACAAAUAUUUAGGUGAAGAUGCAAGUGCACCUUUUGAGAAUCUUUUCAGAUUUCGCAAUACAUAUGAAUAUGUAAUUGCUGACAAUAACCUUAUCACCACUGAAAUGCCAACUGAUGAAGAAAUAAUUGAAGCCGUCAAGAAUCGUGAUUGUAUUGAACCAGAUAAAGAAAAAUUACAAAAACCAAUAUCACCUGUAGAAGCCUUAAGAUUUAUUUGUGGGAUCCUAACUUUUCUUGAAGAGCAGCCAGAUGGAAGUUUUAAAGUUGAUGAUUCUCUUAUUCAGAAUUUAGGGAAAUUAAAAAAAGAA